AUGGUUUAUUCAAAUUCAAACAUGGGACAUUAUAAUGGUGCCGUUUAUGCUAAUGCUGGGAAAAAAAAACGAAUUGUUAAUAGAUAUAUGCCAGCAACUACAAGGCCUUCAGUACUUGGUAAUGGUGGUCAUCAUUUUGGAGUAUCAACAGUUACAUUUGACACUGUUGAAGACUUAAUGUGGACAGGAAAUCAGCGUGGAUAUGUGACAUCAUACGAUGGCUUUGAUUUACAAACAUGUACUGGAUCUUUUCGUGUUCAUCCAACACAAGAAAUACGACAAAUUAAUCCAGUUAACGACGGAAUAUUAUGUUUAACCCGAAAAACUUUGAGAUAUCAAAUACGUGAUCAUGACAUACCAUUAUUUACUCAUAAAUCAAAAAAUAUUAUUGACAUGCAAUGUAUGCUUCAGUAUGACCAGCGAUUAUUAAUGGGUGGUUAUCAAGAAAAAAUUGUUGAUUUUGAUUUAACAAGGAGUGAAGAAGUUGGUUCAAUGUAUUUUGAUGUAAAUGGUUGUACAAUUAUGAAAAAACAUCAUAAAUUAAUAUGUGCUGGUAAUGUUUUUGGAAAAAUUGAUUUACGUGAUCAAAGUACAUUAUCAAUUGAACAUACAAUUAAACCAUAUGGUCGCUCAUUGAAUGAUUUUGAUGUACAGGGAAAUUAUCUUGUAACAUGUGGCUUUAACAACAGUCCACGGGGGCUUUUGGCUCAUCCUUAUAUAAUUGUUUAUGAUUUGAGACAAAUGAGAGCUCUUAUACCAGUGCCAACAAUGGUUGCCCCAUAUUUACUAAAAUUUAUGCCAAGCUAUUCAAGUCGUCUUGCUGUUGUUUCACCUCUUGGACAAAUGCAAUUACUUGAUACAAUUCAUGCUGAGGUACAAUCACCUGUGGCUUGUCUUUAUCAGGUUGCAACAGGUGGUGCUACGGUUACAUCUUUUGAUGUAUCACCAACAUCAAAGAAUCUGGCUUUUACUGAUGUAGCUGGCUUAUUACAUUUGACAUCAAUUGCAGAUAAUCCACAGUUCGACACCUUCUCAAGCAAACGUCUGAAAAUGAAUUCAAUGAUUUCAAAGACGGGAAAGAACCUGGAAACAAUUGGCUCUGGAUUCAAUCGACCGGCAUUUCGACAAAACCAAAUACCUUAUAAUUUGGAUCAACGUCGUGGAGUAGUGCCCAAGUUCCCCGGUGAAACAAUAUUAAAAACAGAGUCCGGCAAUAUUAGUGAAAUUCCAGAUAAAUAUGUAAAAAAAGAACACAAUUUUACUAAUUUUUCUGGACUUGACGCAAAUUUGCCGAAUAGUUAUUGCAACCCAAUGCUACAGGUGAGUUUAUCAAACAUUAUUUUAUUGUAUAACCCUGUGGGAUUUUUGUUUCGGAAUCUUGAUGAAUCCAGAGGUUCUCCAUGUCAGACUGCCAAUCUUCUUCGAGCAUUCAAAAGUGUACCAGAGGCUGCGACACUUGGUCUUCUCCAGAAUGAUUUUCAAGCAGGUGCAAGUAGGAAAACCAGUCUCCUUACGCUUAUUCAGACCUGGAACAGAUUUAUCCUACACAAAAUGCACUAUGAAAUACUGGAGAGUAAAGAAUGCCAACUGGAGGAAGAAGACGAGACGGAAAUUAGUCGUUUGUUUGGUGCUGAACAAGUGGCUAUUUAUCGCUGUCUCAAGUGCGCUCGACAAAUUUCCAGGGAGUCAACUGUACUGCUCAGCGAUUUGAUAUAUCCAGAGCUAAAAAAUGAGGAAAUUGAAUUUACCACAAUAUUGGCAAGAUCAUUAAACUUGGAAAAAAAAAAGCAUUCGUGGUGUGAUCAUUGCCAAAAAUUCAAUCCGACAUUGGAAAAACGGAGCACGACCAAACUUCCUCAAGUCCUUUCUCUAAAUUGUGGUCUUGAGUCAUCGCAAGGAAGAGAUUUUUGGCAAGCUCAGAUGGAUAUAGCUGCACAAAAAGUUAUGAGCAGUAAAAAUCCCAGUCGACUUCAGCCAACAUCGAUUGAAAUGUGUCGAUAUGGUAAAAAUUGUCAGAGAACGGAUUGCAAAUUUGGUCAUACUGGAAAAAAUCAAGAUCCAGUAAGUCAACAGUCACUGAAAAAUUUGUAUUCUUCACAUUCUUGGGUUCCACAUUCUAUUGAAAUAUCAUUGGACGAUUAUGGUGAAUUAUCAAUUGAAAAACUCGAUGGAAAUAACAUUAAAAUGGAUAAUGAUAGUUUAUUGAAAAAUGAAAAAAAAAUAGAUAAACUACAGUAUACAUUGACAGCAGUUAUUUGUUCAAUUGAAGAUCAAAAGAAUGUGGAAAAAAACCAUCUUAUUUCAUCAAUAAGAGUUGGUCCAAAUUAUCAUGAACGUUCAAAUGGUAGUGCUGUUGCACAAUGGUAUAUAUUUAAUGAUAAUAAUAUAACAGCAGUAGAACCACAAGAAGCUGUAUGGUUUGAUUUAAAUUGGAAGAUACCAUGUGUAUUAUAUUAUACUGCUUUAUCAUCACAAAAAACAGCAGAAGAACCAUUUGUAAGUCCAUUAACACAUGAUGUAUUUAGUAAUGAUAAAUGUGUAGCACGUAAUCCAACACGUGAUGUAACAUUUACAAAAUUGACAAGUGAUGAAAUGCUAAAAAAAGGUGAACUCGUUGGUCUUGAUUCUGAAUUUGUAGCAUUAACAGAAAAAGAAACAAAAUUAGGAGAUGAUGGUAAAAUGACAACAAUAAAACCAAGUCAUAUGGCUGCUGCUAGAAUAACAUGUAUACGUGGUCAGGGACCACUUAAAGGCACUCCAUUUAUUGAUGAUUAUAUUCAUACGCAAGAACCAGUUGCUGAUUAUUUAACAAAAUUUAGUGGUAUAUUACCUGGUGAUCUUGAUGCAAAUUUUAGUAGUAAACAUUUAACAACAUUAAAAUCAACUUAUCAAAAAUUAAGAUAUUUAGUUGAUAAUGGAGUAGUGUUUGUUGGUCAUGGUCUUGAAAAUGAUUUUAAAGUUAUUAAUUUAGUUGUACCAGCAGAACAAAUUAUUGAUACUGUAAUAUUAUUCCAUUUACCAAAUCGUCGUAUGGUAUCAUUACGUUUUUUAACAUGGCAUUUUUUUGGUAAAAAAAUACAAUCUGAAACACAUGAUUCAGCUGAAGAUGCUCGGGCAGCACUUGAACUUUAUCAUAAAUAUUUAGAACUGCAAAAAAAUGAUACACUGGAUAAGGCAUUAAUAGAACUUUAUCAAGUUGGAAAUAAUCUUCAGUGGAAGGUUCCGGAAAACUGA